AUGGGUGUGGAGCGCAAGCAAGAAGACCCUCCACCAUCCUCUGCCUGUGUAGAAACAGUAGAAGAAAUAAUGAAACUCUACAAGUCCCUGCCACCAAGACCCUCCUUGAAGAGGUUGAAGCAGCCAGAGGUGAAGAAAAACCAUGGUUUUGUUUCAGAGCCGGACCAGAGGAAAGAGGAUGCUCAUGUGGUUGAGAUGGAGGGUUUGUUUCAGACCUUUGAUGAUCUUAUCCAGACAGUUUCUGGGUUGGUUUCUGGUGAUACUCAGAAGGAAGAUAAGGAAUCAGAGAGAGAUGGGUUUAAGGGUGUGGUGAGAAGUGCUUCCACUUUGUCUUCAGGUGCAGUGGACUCUGAGAAAAUGAGUCUAAUGAAGGUGGCAGCUGUCAUUGAAAACACUGCUAAAAGUGGUGCUGUAGUUCUUGAUCUUAAAGGGAAGUUGGAAGAUAAAGUGGAGUGGCUUCCUGUAUCGCUUGGGAAAUUAUCAGAAGUCACUGAACUGGACUUUUCUGAAAACCGGAUCAUGGCCCUUCCGCCAACGAUGGGUGGCCUUAAAGCCUUAACAAAGCUUGACAUUCACUCAAACCAGCUUAUAAACCUUCCAGAGUCAUUUGGUGAGUUGAGCAAUCUCACUGAUCUUGAUCUCCAUGCAAACCUGUUGAAGUCUCUGCCAGCUUCAUUUGGGAACUUGAUUAACCUCAUUACCCUUGAUUUGAGUUCAAAUCAGUUCACCCAUUUGCCUGAUGUAAUUGGGAAAUUGGCCAGUUUGAAGAUAUUGAAUGCUGAAACAAAUGAGCUUGAGGAAUUGCCUUACACGAUUGGAUCCUGCACAUCACUUGUGGAGCUACAUUUGGAUUUCAAUCAGCUAAGAGCUCUGCCAGAGGCAAUUGGAAAGCUCGAAAGCUUAGAGGUUCUUACACUUCACUACAACAGAAUUAAAGGGUUGCCAACAACUGUUGGGAAUCUUAACAAUCUGAAGGAGCUUGAUGUCAGCUUCAACGAAAUAGAAUCCAUACCCGAAAACUUGUGCUUUGCAGUGAGCAUAAAAAAACUGAAUCUGGCAAACAAUUUUGCAGACUUAAGAGCCUUGCCACGAUCAAUCGGAAAUCUUGAGAUGCUUGAAGAGUUGGAUAUCAGUGAUGAUCAGAUUAGAACUUUACCAUACUCCUUCAGACUUUUGUCAAAACUGAGAGUUUUUCGUGCCGAAGAGACACCUUUGGAAGUUCCACCAAAAGAAGUUAUAAAAAUGGGUGCCCAGGCAGUUGUACAGUACAUGGCAGAUUAUGUUGCCGAGAGAGAGAAUGCAAAAUUUCAAUCAUUGAAGAAGAAGAAGAAGAAGGGAUUUUGGUUCUGGUUUUGCUCAAAACUUUUCUUCAGUGGUGGAAAUUCAACCUAG